AUGGCGUUGUCCAGACCGGCAGCCCCCAAGCCUCGGAAUGUGAACAUGGGAAAGGUGCCACGUUUUGAGCUUGGAUCGAAACGAAUGAGGAAGCGCGACAACGCCAUCUUCUCUCAAGCCAACUUUACCUUUCGAUACCCCGUCAUUCCUCUUGACCACUCCGUCUUUAUCUCGAGUGUGUCUUAUACCAAGGGUGCAUUGAGCGGUGUGAUAUCGAAUUCCGCGGCCUAUAAUUAUGCCAAGGGGCAGUGGAAGGGCGCUGGGAAGAUCAUCUUCAUCACCUCUGUGGAUGGGUGCGGCGAAGAUCAUGCCAAUGACUUGUUUCUCUCUCAAUCCAUCACGUUCAACGAUACCACCAAAGCAUUCACUGCUAAGGGCUCCACCACUGAAUAUGGAGAUGUAUAUGAGAGCUUCAAGCUCGACUUCGGCAAAAUCGGAACACUAAAUGUCCGGUGGGCGAUCGAUAAGAGAGCCAUGUUUGAGCCACAUAAGCUUGAAAAGCGCGUGAGCAAGACUUGGUCCUACGAAUGGUCUCAAUAUCGCAAUAACGAAGAGCUUCUUGGGACAGAUGAAGACGCGCCAUGGCCAAAUGCGGCGAAGCUCAUUGCAUGGGGCUCAGAAGGCGGGGAAGAGGAUGAUUCAUAUAAAAAGGGCGAAGUCGCCGACCCAAAUGGCCAUCAUAAACGUUGGGAUAACGCCACGCUUCCAGAGCGCGACUUGUCCUACGGUCUGAUCCUUUAUUGCGUCGAGUGUGGAUUUGGCGGCAAGGCUUCACUUACCGGAACCAUUGAAGCCAGCCUUAUCCACGGUAUAACGAAAGCUCAGAUCCAGUUCAACGCUCAGUUUAAAGCUGGACUCAACCUUGGACUCGAGGCUUUCGUCACGUAUGAGAAGGAAUGGACAUAUCCUGUCGCCGAAUUCUCUCCCUGGAACUUUGGCAUCCCGCUUCUAUGCACUGUUGGACCUUAUAUCGGUCUCGAUGUUCAAGCUGGGAUAACUAUUGAAGCAACUGGCACCCUACUUAUCGGAGCUUCAGUUGAGUGGGAGAACAUUGACAUUUUGAUUGACCUGCUAGACUCUAGCAAUAGUCACUCCAAUGGUCUGACACCAGUGCUUACGCAUAGAACUGAAGCUACUGGUGAGCUCAAGAUGGAGGCGUCCCUGGGUCUCCCUGCUAGUGUUGGCGUCAAGCUCAAUGUCUUGAAAGGAUUAUGGGCAGCCAAAGGAGGAGUUGUCGAUACGCCAUCAGUUGUACUGGAAGGGAGCUUCGAGGUCAGCGCAACAGUCACUGACGACGGCGAGAUUGUCACUGAUGUUGAUGGCGAUUGCUACGGAAUCGCUUGGAACAUCCAUUUCGAAAACACCCUCGAGGCAUUUAUCACGCUGGGUGACGACACAAACGAGUUUCCUCUCAUUGAUCCCAUGGAGAGUGAUCCCAUCGCUGAAGGCUGCAUUGGCUACGUCAAUGACGGAACUGGUGAUGAUGGAUCUGAUGAUGAGGGCGGCAUGUCUGGAACUGGAAUGGACUGCGGUGGUAGCGGCCUAUUCGCUGAUUGUAAUGGGUCACAGCCGGCGCCUGUGUCUGACCCAACAUCCAAGAAGAAGACUGGCAAGAAGACCGACACCAAGUCCACUAAGCAGAAGGGCACGGCACAGAGUAAAUCCAGCAGCAGUGAUAAGAAGGCUAGCUCGAAUAAGAAGCCCAAGACAUCAACUACCAGCAAGAAACCUACCAGCACCAAGACUAAGAAGCCAACCAAGACAUCAAGUGUUAUAACUGCUACUACCAAGAACACCAAAGCUACCCAGGCUGCUGCUAAGAAAGUCAGCGCGGCCAAAUCAUCCGCGACGUCCAAGAAGGCUGCUGCAGCAUGUACUCCCUCAGCUGUCGCCAACUCCAAGGCACCUCCACGUUCCGUUUGCAAGAGGAAUGUGGUAAAGGCUCGUGUCCCCUCCAAGUCCAUCAUUGGCACAGCCUCUUCUGUCAAGAGCGUGAACACUUGCGCCGAAACUUGCUUGAAGAGUAAGCAGUGUUUGAGCUUUGGAUAUGGGGACGAUAAGACGUGUCAGCUCUAUGGGAAAAACCUCAAGAGUCUUGGUGUCACAUCCGUGAAUGUUCAAACUAGCAUGGUAGACUUUGAGGAUGGACUGAGGGGAACAGGCAGCAAGCCUCAAAUUGCAUAA